AUUUAUGUGGAUUGCCCUUGUAGUUUAAUUUAUUUUUAACUAAUUAAAACAACUUGAAAAAUAUAUGGAUAAUGUUUCUAAUCUGUUUUACGCGUUGCUGCGGAACAUUUUUUAAGGGUCGCUGUCUCGACGGAAGUAUUUGCAGUUGCACAUAUUUGCAGUACGCGAAGGGAGGAGAUUUGCACGAUAUCGCAUCCUGUUGACGCAUAACGAUGACCCGACAUGGGAAAAACUGCACGGCAGGCGCUGUGUAUACCUACCAUGAAAAGAAGAAGGAUACGGCCGCGUCCGGUUAUGGUACGCAGAGCGUUCGCCUAGGCAAGGACGCUAUCAAGGAUUUCGACUGCUGCUGCCUGUCCCUUCAGCCGUGCAGAAAUCCCGUCGUAACCCCCGAUGGCUAUAUGUAUGAAAAAGAAGCCAUCCUGGAAUACAUUCUACACCAAAAGACUGAAAUUGCCAAAAAAAUGAAGGCCUACGAAAAACAGAAGCAGGCACAGAAAAAUGAAAAUCUGCUAGAGUCACAAUCAGAGGAGAGGGAAAGAGCAGAGAAGUUCAAGACGAAAGAGAACAGCAUCGUCUCCAAGCCUAUAAAUCCUUUUACUGGAGGACAGUCCAAGGAUUUGGGAGUUCAGAGUGGACCGAGUGGCUCUACAAAUGGGCCCAGUAAUAGUGCUGCCUCUGACGGAUCCAGCACCAAAUCUACAUUGCCAAGUUUCUGGAUCCCCAGUCUGACGCCGGAAGCAAAGCCAACCAUGUUAAAAAAGCCUGUCAAGACAGUGCUGUGCCCCAUGUCUGGUCGGCCUCUCAAGAUGAACGAACUGAUUCCUGUGAAAUUCACCCCUAUGGACCCUUCUCUCGACAGAGUGGCCCUUCUUACUCGGCAGGACCGGUAUGUAUGUGCUGUAACCAAAGACAUGCUUGGAAACUCUGUACCAUGUGCGGUGCUGAGGCCUUCUGGAGUGGUGGUAACAAUGGAAUGCGUGGAGCUACUGAUAAGAAAGGAUAUGGUAGAUCCAAUAAAUGGUGAAAAACUUAAAGAGAAGGACAUCAUACCUCUGCAGAGGGGUGGGACCGGCUUUGCUGGGUCUGGAAUUGACCUUACAGCCAAAGAGUCUCGCCCUGUGAUGCAAGUGUGAAGAGGAAGUUAGUUUGGCAAAGGGCUGAUGUUAAUAUGGAAAUGACUUGUAUGUAUAUAUUUCUCAUUUUUCUUACGAGAUAGGAAAGCGAAAUCUCAUUCUUUUAUCAUUUUGUAAUAGUUCCAAUAUGAUGAAGAGGUGGUUGUAUAUUUGUGUUUCAAUUUCUUCACACAUUGUCUUUUGCCUGUCUCACAAAACCCUUAAAAAUAAGCAAAUGCCAUCCAACACAAGCACAAACUGACUGAAACAACGCAUGUUUUCAUUAGUUGUACCAGCAUCUACACAAAAGAGCCAUUUACAGAUCUCUUAUGGGGACACCAAGGCAUUUGUGUUCUUUUUAACAUUUAUGCAAAAUGCUUAAGAAGCAUUACGGUGAUUGAGGUAAGUUAGAGUACUUUUGCAAAGCUAUGUGAUUCUUUUAGGUGUUUGCAUACGUUUUUCAAGAAAUAUAUAGCAAAGCCUCAGCUUAUUGACCUUUUGUGUGUUAACAUUUGUCUGAAUGCCUGAUUAAUUCUAUGCGAUAUAAAUUGAUCUCAUUACAAAAAAUUAGUUUAGCACAUCUCGAAGCAAAUUGUGCCUCCAUUAACUUACAGGCUUACUGGCUUAUGCAGUUUGUAAGGUUGCCUAUAAAGUGAAAUAAAAAUGAUUCCCUCUGUUA